UUUUUUUUUUCUUUAAUCAAUUUUCCUUUUUUCUCCCAUAACUUUCCAUGAACAUUUUUCUCCUUCUGCAACUCUCCUCCUUCAACCUCCAUUCCAUCUCACAUUUUAGGGCUCAUCAGCGGUGAUGGAGAAGAAAAUGGCACCAGGAAGCGAGCCGUAUGCCCCGAGGAACAUCCUCAUCACGGGAGCAGCAGGCUUCAUAGCAUCUCAUGUCACCAAUCGUUUGAUAAAAAACUAUCCUCAUUAUAAGAUUGUGGCUCUUGACAAGCUAGAUUACUGCUCCAACAUCAAGAACCUGCGCCCUUCUCAGACCUCCCCCAAUUUCCGAUUCAUAAAGGGCGAUAUCGUCUCCGCAGAUCUCAUCAAUUACCUCUUGGUUGCUGAAGAAAUCGACACGAUUAUGCACUUUGCUGCACAAACACACGUAGACAACUCGUUUGGGAACUCGUUCGAGUUCACGAACAACAACAUUUAUGGUACUCAUGUUCUUCUUGAGGCCUGCAAAGUGACUCAAAGGAUCAAGAGGUUCAUUCAUGUCAGCACUGAUGAGGUUUAUGGUGAGACUGAUUUAGAGACUGAUAUUGGGAAUCCUGAGGCUUCACAGCUUCUUCCCACGAAUCCUUACUCUGCAACUAAGGCAGGGGCUGAAAUGCUGGUCAUGGCUUAUCAUCGGUCCUACGGCCUCCCAACGAUAACAACUCGAGGCAAUAAUGUGUAUGGACCUAAUCAAUAUCCAGAGAAGCUUAUCCCCAAAUUUUUUCUUCUGGCCAUGAAAGGUGAGAAACUGCCAAUUCAUGGGAAUGGCUCAAAUGUGAGAAGCUAUCUAUAUUGUGAGGAUGUUGCUGAGGCAUUUGAGGUGAUUCUGCAUAAAGGGGUGAUAGGUCAUGUUUACAAUAUUGGUACCAAAAAGGAGAGGAGAGUUUUGGAUGUAGCAGGAGACAUCUGUAAGUUGUUUGGGAAAACUCCUGAAAAAGCCAUAGAUUUUGUGCAGGACAGACCCUUCAAUGACCAGAGAUAUUUCUUGGAUGACCAGAAGUUGAAGAAGCUGGGAUGGCAAGAGAGCACACCAUGGGAAGAAGGGCUGAAAAAGACAAUGGAUUGGUACACCCAAAACCCUGGCUGGUGGGGCGACGUGGCUGCCGCUCUCGACCCACACCCACGUAUCUCCAUAGCCACUCAUUCCAAUGAAGAUUCCUGGUUUUUCCAGUAUGGAUUCUCGAGAUUAACAAGAACAUGUAGUGAGAUCGAGAAAGAUCGUGGUUCGGGACUGAAGUUCUUGAUCUAUGGAAGAACUGGCUGGAUUGGAGGUUUGCUAGGUAAACUGUGCAAGGAGAAGGGAAUAGAAUUCGAGUACGGCAACGGAAGAUUGGAAGAUAGAAGAUCCUUAAUUGAGGACUUAAGGCGAGUGAGGCCGACUCAUGUGUUCAAUGCUGCAGGGGUCACUGGAAGGCCCAAUGUGGACUGGUGUGAAUCACAUAAGGUUGAAACAAUAAGAGCUAAUGUUGUUGGGACACUGACUUUGGCUGAUGUUUGCAAGGAACAGAACCUCCUGUUGAUGAACUUUGCAACUGGUUGCAUCUUUGAAUAUGACAAUAAGCAUUCAUUGGGAUCAGGUGUUGGAUUCAAGGAGGAAGAUAAGCCAAACUUCAUCGGUUCAUUUUACUCCAAGACAAAGGCCAUGGUUGAGGAGCUGCUGAGAGAGUAUCCAAACGUGUGCACACUGAGAGUGAGAAUGCCAAUAUCAUCAGAUCUAAGCAACCCGAGAAACUUCAUCACAAAAAUCAGCCGCUACAACAAGGUGGUGAACAUUCCGAACAGCAUGACGGUGCUGGACGAGCUGCUCCCGAUCUCGAUUGAAAUGGCAAAGAGAGACUGCCGAGGGAUCUGGAACUUCACAAAUCCAGGGGUGGUGAGCCACAAUGAGAUCUUGGAAAUGUACAAGAAAUACAUAGAUCCAAAGUUCGUGUGGAAGAAUUUCGACUUGGAAGAGCAGGCGAAAGUGAUCGUCGCACCGAGGAGCAACAAUGAGUUGGAUGCUUCAAAGCUAAAGAAGGAGUUCCCUGAAUUGCUGUCUAUCAAAGACUCCAUUCUAAAGUUUGUAUUUGAGCCCAACAAGAAAACUUAGAAAGUGAACAAGAACAAGAAAGAGAGAAGAAAACAGAGAAGAAGAAGAAGAAGAGGAGGAGGAGAAAUGAAAUUGAGAAUGGGAUUUUUUUUGUUGGAGAAGUUUUGCUUUGGAAUUAUGGUUCAUAUUACUAACUUUCUACUGACAUUCUGUUUUUGUAUUUGUUAGGGGGGAGGGGAU